AGUAACGUUACGCGGUCCGAAGCUCCUCGUGACUAGGGCUGUACUCUUGGACUUUAAGCAGAUGAGAAGUGCCGUCCAUGAAAAUCUCAAUCAUUUCGUUGGAAUUUGCCCUGAAGUUCCAAAUGUGGCCUUUUUGUCCGAUUACCACCAUAGAGGCACUUUGAGGGAUCUUCUUGACAACGAUGCAAUAAAGGUUGAUUGGCCCUUCCGAUUCUCCGUAAUAACUGAUAUUUGUGAGGGGAUGUUAUAUCUACAUAACAGCCCCAUAGCAGUCCAUGGCAGUUUGAAAUCAACCAAUUGUGUUAUUGAUGGUCGGUUUGUUGUCAAGCUAGAAAAUUUCGGACUCUGUGCUGUGAAGGAGCAAGUUAUGCCUCCAGAAGAAAUUAAUCCAAGAUCAUUAUUCUGGACGGCUCCAGAACAUCUGAGAAAUAGAACAUCAGACACUAAUAGGUCCCAGGCUGGUGACGUUUACAGUUUUGCUAUUAUUCUACAGGAAAUUAUUACAAGGACUGAACCGUUUGAACCGGUAGAGAAAGAUGGCGUAAUUAUUGAAACAAUAGAAGCAAAAGAUAUCCUACAAAAGGUAAAAAAUAUAACGAAUCCUCCUUUCCGUCCUACCAUUCCAACUGACGACUGUAGUCCUGAUCUUAUGAGUUUGAUAAGUGAUUGUUGGAAUGAAGAUCCUACUGCCAGACCAAAGUUUCCAGUUAUUAAACAAAAGAUAAAAAAAAAUGCCAGGGGUUCUGGGUCUACUAAUUUUCUGGACAAUUUACUAACAAGAAUGGAGCAAUAUGCUGAAAACCUGGAGAGGCUAGUCGAAGAGAAAACUUCAGCUUUCUUGGACGAAAAAAAGAAGAGCGAAGAACUUUUAUAUCAGGUGUUACCGCG